CUUGAAGAGCGUCUGGCCAAAGCCUCGGUGAUUAAAGCACCCGAGAGGACGGAUAAAUCACCCAAACGGACGACAGUCCUUCGUGGACGUUCGUCCUCCUCGGACGAGGAUAGCGAUUAG